AUGGCGUUGGUCAUCUGUCUGCUGCUGUUGAUUACAUGUACCGUUAGAGGGGACCCGGCAGGCUGUACCUAUUUCCCAUCCAGUCUUAAAUACGAGUGUUCCUCCAGGAACUGGGUGUUGCCUCUAGCUCUGUCAGAUUUCGAUAACGUCCCACAGAGCCUCACUCUGAUUGAUAUCAACGGAGAUCUUCCGUCGUCAACGCCGACAGCGACCUUUACCGGAUUUGACGUCAUCAAUACAACGUUGUUUGACACGAAUUUUGUACCAACGUUUACAAUUCAGUGUUAUACAGGAGGGAUGUUGAUCUAUCACAAUGGAACAUUCAGUGGUCUCGGAUACAUUAAAGAAGUUCGUAUCCAGAACUGUGAAGUGAUAGCCUUGCCUGAUCAGGCCUUCCAAGAUUUUGGUGAUUUGAAUUAUUUAGGUUUUGAAAAUGGAGUUAUUGGUGAUAUUGGCUUUGAUGCUUUUAAAGGGUUAAAUAUAUACCCCAUGGCCGUCCCUCGUCCACUCGGAAUGCUUCUGAUGACAUCCAAGUUGGAGGGAAGAGUACUUCCUAACGGGGUGUUCUAUCAUUUGACCAACGCGACAAAUUUUGUGAUCGACGGUACCAACCUCGACACGGUGCAAGCGGACAUGUUUCAAGCCUCCAUCAAACUUCGUUUCUUAUCGAUGCGACAUAACUGGUUCACGUCCUUCCCGAGCAACAUACUCUCAAACUUGCAUGGACUCCAAAUCCUAAAUCUAGACGGGAUUAAGUGGGAUUGCACGUGUGAUAACCUGUGGUUUCUGGAUUACUGUCAAACUAACAAUGUCUCUCUACGUGGAUCAAUGAUAUGUAACAGCCCAAGCACGUACAAAGAUAAAAAAGCAUACCUAUUUAAGAAGGAAGAGUGUCCCGCUGAAAUAGUUCUACCGUGUGACGAUGAUCUUACGGGGAUUGCCGUUGGAAACACGUGCUUGACAUACCCCGACAUAGCGGUUUACGUCGUCUCUCUCUUAUCGCUCUCACUAGUCAUAGCAACUCUUCUCAUCAAUGUUCACACAAGACGACAAAAUGCGGAUGAUUUGGAGGAUAAGUCCAUGACGAACCUGGACAAGGGAAGUCAGCGGAAACUUAGUGGAUCGAACUGGAACAGAGCGUCAGAUAAUGGAACGGAAGAUAUCAACCAGUGGUUAACACAGGCAAAUAGAGAAAAUGACAUUGCUGACGAAAUAAUGUAG